CUACUUUGAGAUUUGCCGCUUAGACGUAAAAUUCUUAGAUUUCGCGUGGGUGGCAGCUCGGAACUUAAAUCGAGUUUUUGCGAAAAAUGACAACGUUAGGCAAAUUUUCAAGAUUAGCAGCAGUUGCCUCUGCAGUGGUAACUUUUUCAGGUGCUUAUAUCUUCUUUAACGGGACCAGAAAUCCCGCACGUGCAAGUGGAGGGGGAACGCAAUAUAACUCUUCUGAGGAAUUCGAACACCGCCUUCUUUACAAACCGACGGGUUUGCGAUGGGAUUCCAACUGGGACAGGUGCGAGAAAGGCACAACGAAGCCUAAGAGGAGAGAUGAUGGAAGAGUCGACGAGGAAUCGAGAGAAAUCAAGCCCACUGCUGUGCGCCAUCUUGUCUUUAUAAGGCACGGGCAAUAUUACGAGGACGCUAAGAACAGUGAUGAUAAAAGGCUGACGGAGCUGGGAAGACAGCAAGCAGAAACUACUGGCCAACGACUUAAAAACUUGAAUUGGAAAUACACCAAACUGGUCUGCUCUACCUUAAUAAGAGCUGUUGAGACAGCUGAUAUCAUUGCUAAACAUCUGCCAGAGGUACCAAGAGAGUCAUGUGACUUUUUACAAGAGGGAGCACCAGCUCCCCCGGACCCUCCGUCAAGACACUGGAGACCAGACAAAACGGUCAGUGCCUUAGGGAUACAGGAAUACUUUAGACAGCUAUGCAGUUUUUCCAAGAUGGCCCUCGCAUUGAGGCUGCCUUCAGAAAACACAUCCACAGGGCAGAUGCGGAUCAAGUUGGAGACAGUGUUGAAAUUUAUGUGUGCCAUGGAAAUGUGAUCAGAUACUUUGUUUGCAGGGUUCUUCAGUUUCCACCAGAGGGUUGGCUUCGCAUGAGCAUAGGACACUGUGGAAUAACUUGGGUGACUAUAAGGCCUAAUGGAAGGG